AUGGCAUCUGCUAAAUUAUGGGGUGGUCGGUUCACUGGUGCAACUGAUCCUUUGAUGGAUUCAUUUAAUGCUUCUAUCCAUUUUGAUAAACGCUUAUUUGAAGCUGAUAUUAAUGGUUCACAAGCAUAUGCUAAAGCAUUGGCUAGAAUAGGCAUAAUUACUUCCCAAGAACAAGAUUCACUUGUCAAUGGUCUCGAUACAGUUCUCAAUGAAUGGCGAACUAAUACUUUUGUCAUACAACCGGGUGAUGAAGAUAUUCACACCGCAAAUGAACGACGUUUAGGUGAAUUGGUCGGAAAUGUUGCCGGUAAAUUACAUACUGGACGCAGCAGAAAUGAUCAGGUUGCAACGGAUUUUAGAAUUUGGGCAAGAGAUGAAUCAAAAAAAUUAUUGAUUUACGUGAAACAAUUGAUCAACGCUACUAUUCAAAGAGCUGAAAAGGAAAUCGAUGUAAUAAUGCCAGGAUAUACUCACUUACAGAGAGCUCAACCUAUUCGGUGGAGUCAUUGGCUUCUAAGUUAUGCAUGGAGUUGGCAAGCAGAUGCUCAACGUCUUGAAGAAAUUAUUGAUCGAAUCAAUGUUCUUCCUUUGGGAAGCGGUGCAUUAGCCGGAAAUCCCUUCAAAAUUGAUAGAGAACUCCUGGCUAAAGAAUUGGGAUUCAAAAAUGUAAUACAAAAUAGUUUACAUGGUGUCUGUGAUCGUGAUUUCGUUGCAGAAUUAUUAUUUUGGGCUUCCUUAACGAUGAUCCAUAUCAGUCGAUUUUCGGAGGAUUUGAUAAUCUAUAGUUCAGGAGAAUUUGGUUUUGUCACUCUCUCAGAUGCAUACAGCACUGGAAGUAGCCUUAUGCCACAGAAGAAAAAUCCAGAUAGUUGUGAAUUACUACGUGGAAAAUCUGGACGUGUUUUUGGUCAGAUGUCAGGAUUUCUUAUGACUUAUAAAGGUAUUCCGAGCACUUACAACAAGGACCUUCAAGAAGAUAAAGAGCCACUUUUUGAUGCUGUAGAUACCUUGGCUGGUUCGUUACAAAUUACCACUGGAGUUUUAUCGACUCUCACUAUUCAUCCUGAAAAUAUGAAGAAAAGUUUAAGUAUUGAUAUGUUGGCCACAGAUGUUGCUGAAUACUUAGUACGAAAAGGAGUUCCAUUCCGUGAAACUCAUCAUAUUGCAGGUGCAGCAGUUCGCAAAGCUGAAGAACAUGGAUGUACUAUGGAUAAGCUAGAGUUAUCUGAUUUCCAACAACUUCACCCUGCUUUUAGUCAAGAUAUCACAGAAAUAUGGAAUUUCGAGAAAAGUAUUGAAAAUAGAUCUAGUUUGGGUGGAACAAGUAGAGCUACAGUUUUAGAACAAGUUCAUAAGUUGAAGGAGUGGUUGAAUAUAAAUUAA